AAAAAAAGCACAACCCCCUCCACCUUUCUCAAACCCUCUCACCUCUUGCCUUUUUCUGACCCGGAUCCACAAAUGCGGGUGCAACUGAGCCGUGUGGCUAUAUUAUUAUGAAAUCAUCCAAGUAGGGAAUGUCGCCCAACUUUGUUGUAAAUAGCGUUGCUGGUCUAUAACGCCCUCGCCAAACUUCACUGUCUAUUUUCAACUAAAAUUCAUGGGCCAUGGCAAAGUAGCCAUCGUUGGAGCAGGGUCUCUAGGUAGCACCGUCGCCUAUAGUCUCAUCCUGCGCCGUGCCGUUGCCGAGAUUUUGCUGGUGGAUAUCAGUACAGACAUUUUACAGGGUCAAGUCCUGGAUCUUUCCCAAGCCGCACUAGGCACAAGAACGAUCGUUCGUACUGGUACUUUCAAAGAAGCUGGUCAAGCCGAUGUCAUUUUGCUGACAGCCGAUGUUGUAAAGCGUCAUGACGAAUCUCCAUUACAGUAUACAAUGCGAAGCCGACAGUUACUCAACAGCAUUACGCGCGCAUUACAACCGAUCCAACCACGCGCAAUUAUGAUUAUCGGCAUUGAUCCAGUGGAUAUAUUGACCCGACAUUUGCAGACAACGCUCGACUUGCCUGUGCAACGUGUGUUUGGAGCUGGUUGCAGUGCCAUGAACACCGCCAGAGCCAGACAUUGGGUUUCACAAAUGAGCCAGACUGGGAACGAUUGCAAGGUGAAUCUGUAUGUCAUGGGAACGCGUCAGAUACCAGUCAUUGCAUGGCAAGCAGCCUCAGUUGAUGGGCAGUCUGCCAAUACGAUACCUGACUUAGCUGUGCAUCGACAACUGUUGGAGCAGAUUCUGAUUACAGAUAGGAUCAACGAAAUCAAAGAGUAUAAAGGUGGAGCAUGGUACGGUCAUUCGGCUUUCCUGACACGGCUUACAGAAUCAGCCUUGUCUAAAGAAGCAUCAAUCCAUGUUCUCAGUGUCUAUGUCGAGCGAUUUGAUGCAUGUGUUUCAGUACCCGUAGUAUUAACGCGCGAAGGAGUUGAGCAAGAAGUACCCGUGCCCUUGUCUCCGGAAGAACACCAGCUCAUGGAGGUUGCUGUGAGCCAAAGCUUACGAGAGUAUGAAGAAACAUCCACUUCAUGAUUAUCCUAUUAUCUUCUCUAUACAUAACAUACAUUCCUCCAUUUUUACCCUUAUUCAUAACACUUCUGUUUAUAACAUCAAUGUUUCCAUUAACGACAUCAUUGG